AUGCGAAUUCACCACGCGGAGGGAAGCAAGCAGCUUGCGUGGCCAAUCCACGAUCAUCGGAUUUCGUUGCAGCACUGUUUCUCUGCGGCUAUUUCUUUACCGCCGGAUUCAUUCCACCCUAAGCCCGUCACCGACCAACCUCUGGUGCUGGCCAAACUGGCCGUCGGUGUGCUGCGGCAGGUGGCGCGCGUGUUGACUACCAGGCCUACUUCGUGUGCCUCUUCUACCAGAAGGACGCCGUGA